AUGCAUUUUUCUACUGCUGUUCUGGCUGCGCUGUCCGGUACAGCUGCAGGAAUUGUAACAUCACCAUUCAAGCGCGAUCUGAAGCUUUCCGCUGAGCUAGGCAUUCACCCGGACAUUCUGCUUAAUCACAAGACUACCGUACAUGCUGUUGCGAGUGCCCAGCUUGAUACGACCAUCGAGACGGAGUGGGCUUCGCUCCCAAUUGAUCACAGCGACUCUUCGGUUGGUACUUACAAAAACCGCUACUGGGUGUCCGAACAGCAUUACAAAAAAGGAGGACCAGUCUUCGUCUACGAUGUCGGUGAGGCAACGGCUGAAUAUUCAGCUCAAACCUAUCUCGGUAAUUCCACUACAUUUUUUUAUAAGCUGGUCGAGGAGUUUGGUGGAAUCGGCAUCGUUUGGGAGCACCGAUACUAUGGGGAAUCUCUUCCCUACAACGUCAGCAUAGACACAGAGCCUGAGCACUGGCAGUACCUCAACAACAAACAGGCAUUGGCCGACCUACCAUUCUUUGCGGAAAAGUUCACUCGUGCAAAUUACAGUGACGUGGACCUGACCCCAGGCGCAACUCCAUGGGUUAUGGUCGGAGGCUCGUACUCUGGUAUGCGAUCUGCGUUCACUCGUCACUUGUAUCCUGACACUAUUUACGCCGCCUACGCUUCCUCUGCCCCCGUGGAAGCACGGAUUGACAUGAGCGUCUACUUCGACCAGGUGUAUGACGGAAUGGCAGCAAAUGGUCGUUUGAACUGCACCAAGGACAUCAAGGCUGCACUAGAGUACAUCGAUUGGCAACUCUCAAAGAGCAAAUCGUCCGCGGCGGCCAUCAAGCGCAAAUUCCUUGGCGAAGGGGCCGAGAAAAACAGCAACGGCGAUUUCUCCUCCGCGCUUCAGACAAUUUACUGGUAUUUCCAGUCUUAUGGCUUCGGUGGUGGCACAGGCAGUCUGGACUCAUUCUGUGAGCACAUGGAGACCGAUCCGGAGACUGGCAAAGCGGCACCCCCCACAUGGAUUCGCCCCAACCCGGGGUAA